UUUAUAAUUUUUCAUAAUAUUUGUAUAAAUGAACUCAACAGAGAGCAACGCUAGCAUCCUAAAUGCCUUUGACUUUAGAGCUAUUGACGAGAUGGAUCCUUCCCUUGCGGAAGGCCACAAGCUGAUCUAUGAGAGGGAAGUUCCAUUUGAAUUAAGAAUCCAGGAAGGAGAGGGAGGUCCACAAGAAGUAGGAACGUUAGAAGCAAUCAAAGUUAAAAUCUUAAUCAUUGGAGAUGAAGGAAAUGCUGAAAAUGUCAAAGUUGAGCUCACCAGUGAGAAUGACAUGUUCUUCCACUAUACUCAUAGUUUAAUUGAGGAUACUUUUAAGGUUGUUCAGGAAGACCAGAAAUUAAUGAUCGAAUUUCCUGAUUAUCCGAAUAUUCUAAUCAAGAUGCUUAAUUCAUGCAUUAAAGAGCCUCAUUCAUACCUCGCUGUGUUCAUAAUGCAAAGAGAUGGUUCAGCACGCCUUGACUUCAUCCAAAACAUGGAGUAUAAGUUUGUGGAACUGUUGUCAAUGGACUUCAAUGCUAGCAGUGAGGAAAUAAUUAGACAACAGAUUACCUUCAGAUAUAAUUCAGUUAAAUCAAAGCUAGCUAUAAUGCAAGCAAGAUUGCAGGAUAUUAAUGCUAUUGUAAAGAUCAAGAACCCAUCUCUUUUGCUGCAGCUCCAGAAACAGACUCCUAGCAAGGCCAAUCGUUCUGUUAUGAGAAACACCACAAGUUCAUUUACUUAGUCAAGAUAAUUUAAUUUCAAAAUUUUAA